ACACACGCUCUAACCGUUGCCUAUGACACCGAACGACGCCAAAGAUUGCCGCCUCAGAAACAUUUUGACCGUGUAGCGCGCAGGACGCGUCGGUGCGGGUUUUCGGUACGGGCAUUCCGGCGAACAGCAGGCUGGUGGCUCCGGCCGUUGCAAACAGUGGCACAAAUCGACUCGCACUCCUCAUCGCCACCGUCACGUACAUGUAAACAUACAAAAGCAUCGCAACAAAAAAGUGUGCCAUUUUGAGUGUUUUUUGUUUUCUAAAUCGUCGUGUGUGUGUCGUUUGUGUUUGUUUUUUUUUUUAAAUUCAAAUAGUAAAAAAUCAAAAGUCAUCGUGUUUGGUGCUACGUUGAGUGGCGGGUUAUCACAUUGUAAGCCGAGCAGCAUGGCCACAUGAUCCGCAACCGUUUUGCGAUUAUCAAUCGUCGUGUCCUUUUUGUUCCCAUCCCAGUUGGUGGGAUCAUUUUUUGGCGGUUUCCGGUUGUCAGCAUGUGUUUAGAAAUUAUCAGUGCUUCAGUGGUUUUGUGAAAAGAGCGGUGGAAUUUCGGGGCCACAAUCGGUACAACGAGACGAACAAAAACAUCAAACCAAAGACGAUCAUCAACGCUACCUCAUCAUCGAGCCAAGCAGCAGCGACCACGACAACUGUUCCUCAUUCCAUGUUUGUGAAGUGUGCUUUUCGGCUGCAUUCGUGAAGACGCUGAACGAGGAAGUGCCGGGUUUUCCCCCCGCCCGUUUAUCUUACCGCCCCAAAACGAUACGUGGUACGUGAGGUUUGGGGUGACAUUUGUAAAACGAUACACGCGCACCGAUUUCGUUCGAUGCGCCGCGCAGCGUAACCGUGUGUCUGCGGCCUUGGGAGUGGUGUACCGUAAACGGAAGUGCACGCGACGAGUGGCACAGGUCACCACCACUUGAGAAGAGCACUCAACGUGCAUGCAGCUGCACCGGAGCAUCCGAGGGAGUGUCCGACGAUCGAGCGACGGACAUCUCGAGAGGAAAAUGCUCAACCCAUUACUCAUCGUUCUGCUGGCGCUGGCAUGGCGCACCGUGAUAGUGACGGCUGUGAUAGACGCACGCAGCAACAGCAGCAGCAGUGCCUUAGAUCUGCACCGAACGGUGCCGGCAAACGAUCGCCCAUUUACGGAAGGAUUGCCGGGCGAACAGUUCGAGCUGCACGACAGGAUUUUCCCAACAUAUCACUGCCCCCGCACGAAACGAGCCCUCCGCUCAUCCUCGCUGGACGAUGAUGAGGCUGAUGAGGGUGGCAACGCGUCCAACGGCUCCCGGCAAACGGGAAAUCCCCGCCGUGGACCGCACCGAGAGCGACUGACCAUCCAGUACGGCAUGCAGGGCGAAACGAUGACACUCGACCUUACGCUGAACGAAAACAUCAUCCCGGAGCAGUACACGUUCGUGCACCAGUCGCCCGAGGGCCAGGACAUCGUCGAACGGCUCGACCGUCAGUCGGUGGAGCUGUGCCAUUACGAGGGAACUGUGCGGGAGCGGCCCGGAUCGCGUGUUGCCAUCUCCACCUGCAGCGGUUCGAUCGACGGCGUGAUCUACGAGCGCAACGAAACCUACCUGAUCGAGUAUCACAACAACACGCACCUGCUGUACCGGCGCCGGUACAAGCGGGACGUGCAGGACAAUGAGCUGGCCAACGAAGAGGCGGGCGGGUCACGCCCCCCCAACAGCCAGCAGCCGGCCUUUUCCACCGGCUACCGCGAGGAUGCCGACUCGCUGUUCGUCGAGCUGGUGCUGGUCGUCGAUCGGACGCUGUUCCUGAAGUUUAGCUCGAACGUGCAGCGCGUCCACCAGCACUGCCUGUCGGUGGUGAACGUGCUGAACGAGCUGUACCGCCCGCUCAACAUCUACAUCCUGCUGGUCGGGGUGGUGCUGUGGAACACGCGCGACAACAUCAUCAUCUCGACCGACUCGAAGCAGACGCUGACGAGCUUUCUGGCGUACCGGCGGGAGCGGCUGCUGCGCCAGAUCCCGAACGACAAUGCGCACCUGCUGACGGCGGUCCGCUUCCCGGACGGCGUGAUCGGGAAGGCCGAGCUCGGCUCGAUGUGCAGUGCGGCCGGUUCGGGCGGCAUUGCGGUGGUGGAGAACUUUGUCGUGACGCCGCUCGCGACCACGGUCGCACACGAGCUGGGCCACAACUUUAACGUCGAUCACGACACGGAGGAGUGCAGCGGUUCGCGCUGCCCGGGGGUGGGACCGUGCAUCAUGGAGGCGAAGCUGAGCGACUCGACCGACAUCCCGAACCGGUGGAGCGACUGCAGCGUGGAGGAUUUCCGCCUCUCGCUCAAGCGCGGUUUGGCCGCCUGCCUGAAGAACAAGCCGAGCCGGCUGCUGGUGCGCGCAGUGUGCGGGAACGGGCUGCUCGAGCCGGGCGAACAGUGUGACUGUGGCCGGCGGGACCGGUGCGACAAUGGGUGCUGCGAUGCGCGCACCUGCCAGCUGCGCGCGAACGCGACGUGUGCGACGGGCAGCUGCUGCGAUCUGGCCACCUGCCAGCCGAAGCGGGCGGGCAGCGUCUGCCGAGAGGCGGGCGGGGAGUGCGAUCUGCCCGAGUACUGCGAUGGCGCGAGCGAGCUGUGCCCGAAGGACGUCUUUGUGCGCGACACGAGCCCGUGCGGGAGCGGCGAUGCGUACUGCUACCGGGGUGAGUGCAACACGCGCGACCGCCAGUGUCGCAGGCUGUGGGGACCGACGGCCCGGUCGGGGCUGGAGGUUUGCUACGAGGCGAACGUGAACGGCACGGUGUUUGGCAACUGUGGCAACGAUCUGGCGCAGGGCGAUGGGUACGAGCCGUGCGCCGUGCACGAUAUGCACUGCGGCCUGCUGCACUGUACGCACCAAAGCGAGAAGCUCGAGUUUGGCGUGGAGGCGUACGCCAAGCGCACCGCGACCAAGUUCCAGCAUUAUGGGCCGCGCGGGACAGUGCGCACGACAAUCUGCAAUGCGGUGAUCGUGGAUCUCGGGCUGGAGGUGGUCAAUCCGGGCCUCGUGCCGGACGGUACCAAGUGCGGUGCGGGGCGCAUGUGCUUCGGCCAGCAGUGUGUCGCCAUCAGCCGGCUGCAGGAGGAGCAGGACAUCGGGGACGAGUGUCCGGCCGACUGCAACGGCCGGGGUGUGUGCAACAGCGAGGGCCACUGCCACUGUGAGCCAGGCUUUGCGCCACCGUUCUGUGACGGCCCGGGCGAUGGUGGAUCGAUCGACAGUGGACCGGCGGGCCGGCCGGGCAACAGUAUGCCGGACGUGCUGCUGAAGGUGCUCGUGCCCACGCUCACGGUCGGUGGCAUCCUGAUGAUCGUUAGCUUUGUCACGCUAAUUGUCAAGCGCACGCUGGUGAUGGCGCAGCUACGCGUCGUGCUGAAACGCUUCCGGGAGCGGAAGUACGGCCACAUUGUGGUGCCACCGGCGUCACCCACCGCCGUCGUGCCACCGGCCGUCCCGAGCAGCAAAACGAGCGGGGAGCGAAACGGCGCUAACGAGGUGCGACGCCCGCCCGUUCCGCCGCCACCGCCCCUGCCCGAACCGAAGCAACCGCAAUGCUUCAUCAACGUGAACAUUAGCAAAGAUGGCAAGGUGACGAUCGCGGACAAGCUGAUCGAUUCCCCGUUCCUGCACAACGCGCACGUGGUCGACACCGCCGAAGCAUUCCGCAGGCGGCUGCUUCAGGAGCGCUCUUACAGUGUGGAAAGUGCCACCUCCUCCGAGCAUCCGCUCGUGACGGCCGAAACGCACAAACCGACCACCGCCAGCACACCCGAACCGGCGCACCCGGAAGGGAGCAGCUUCAACACGGUGCUACAAGAGCUGAAGCAGACGGACCGCAUGCACACCUUCCAGAACCAGCGGUCCAAGAGCGACGAGCGGCCGGCGCCGGCCCGAUUGCUCCCGAAGCUACCCCGCCAGUACACGAUCAGCGACUUUGACUCGAUCGAACGGCUGCCGGAUGUGGACGAGGAAGCGCCAGAGCCGAUGAGCAAGGCGGCCAAACCACCGUCCACACCAAAACCGAUCGUCAUUCCACGCCCGUUGCCGCGUGUUGCACCCGCGACUCCGGGCCCGCGACUGCUACCGAGCACACCGUCGACUGCCGGAAACGGUACCAGUACCGGCAAGGUGAAACCAACUGCUGGCGCUCCCGGUCCUGCUAAAGGGCCCGCCGGCGGGAGCAACGUGGCAGCGCUAAAGGCAAAGCUUAAUCUGGCGGAAAUUGGUGCCCGGCGAUAGCGAGCUUUGGGCGCACCGAGCACGUUUCUGCACGUGCAGUAUUGUGAAUGAACCAUAUCGAACACGAGCAGUAUUGUGAAUGGCAUUGUCUAGUUGUUUUGUUUCUUUGGACGAGCAGCGUCUUGAGAGAAUUGUGUAGAAGUGAAUGAGUAUUAACUUUGAAGUGGUUGUGGAUGUUGGAUUUUAAACCACACGUAGACUGCAUAUUUAUUGCCAGCUGGUGGCAACACGACCCGUUCGUCCGUCCGUGCGUCCGUCGGUAAUUGUUAGACUGUUGAUAGAGAAAGCAAUUUUUAGCGAAUAAGAUUGGUAGCAUUGUAAGAGCAUCAGUAUGCACAAACGAUCAAUAAAAAAUGAAAAAAUCUCUUUUCUAGUCAUUAAAAAAAGGUGCUUCAUUGUAAUCAAGGGAUUUUGAA